UAGUAUAUCUAUUGCAGGAGGCCAUUAAAGAUAUAGACUUAGCACUGAAGCAUGGUGAUAAUGAUAUUCCAAGGACCAAACUCCUUAAAAGGAAAGCUGUGCUCCUUAGCAAACUCCACAUGUUUGAGGAAUGUAUUGAACUCGUCAAAUCACUGUGUCCUGGUGAAGAGAUAGACACACAAGAGAAUUCAGAUCUGAAAAAUGCAUAUGAAAACGCUUUAAAGAAAAGUGAAAGCAAAAAUGAAUCCAAACUGGAACAUACUCAAAAAAAUGUACCUUUGCCGAUACCUAAAGGAGGAGAAAACACAACAUUUCCAUGUGCUUCUUCAUGUGUUAUGCUCAAGUUUUCAGAGAGAAAAGGGCGUCAUGUUGUAGCAAAAACAGAUAUAGACAUGUCUGAUGUGAUAUUUGUAGAGAAGCCAUUUGCAUUGGUCGUUUUGCCUGAUCAGUACCAACAACAUUGUCAUCACUGCUGCAAGAAAACUGUUGCGUUUAUACCGUGUGAGGUGUGUACUAGAGCGCAGUUCUGCAGUAUUGACUGUCAGACAGCAGCAUGGUCACUGUACCACCAGUGGGAAUGCAGAGGUCUGGAUAUCUGUCACAGCAUAGGCAUUGCACAUCUUGGACUGAGAGUCGCACUUUUGGCUGACUCAAGUGACAGGUACAAACAGGUGCUUGAACUGAAGACCCACUUACAAGAUAUGAAAGAAGAAGAUGUUUAUCAAUACGCAAUUACAGCUGCUCUGUUGACGCUGUACUUGGAACAGUACACUUCAUACUUCAAAGAUAACGCCCCCAUAGACGUGGAAACGAUGGGAUGUCGAAUUCUGCGUCACAUUGCUCAACUGAUUUGCAACGGUCACGCAAUAACGAAGAUAGACUCGGUUGCAUUGAAGGAGAAUUGUCAUAAGACAAUAUCUGAGACAAAACAACGAAUUGCCACAGCCAUCUACCCAUCUGCUAGCAUGAUGAACCAUUCUUGUGACCAGAACAUAUCAAAUAGUUUUAUCAAUGAACACCUUAUUGUUCGUGCCAUCAGACCCAUUAAAGCAGGAGAAGAGGUUUUCAAUUGUUAUGGACCUCAUUACACAAGAAUGAACAGAGAUGAGAGACAGAAAAUGCUACAGAAUCAGUACUUUUUCACAUGUGACUGUAAGGAGUGCUCCAAGUCCGACGAGUGUGACAGUCAACAGCAGUUCUCUGCGCUACUGUGCAACUAUUGUACAGGACCAGUCAUGCCAGACAAAGCUUCAUGUUCCGACUGUCUCAAGUCCCAACCACUGGUGCAGCUGGCCAAUAUGGCUCUGUCGGCUCAGGAAGUGUUCCAUGCAGGGCAAAAAUUCUUGGAAGAUGGAAAUAAGGCGGACGCACUGAGAUAUUUUGAAGAAAGUGUGAAACUGGGUUCAAAAUGUCUUUAUAAACACAACAAGGACUUACGAACUUACAAAGAUUCAUUAGCUCGAGUACUUAUUGAAUUGGGAUUACACAAUGAAGCAGUUGUGCUCAUUGAAGAUUGUAUUUCUUCCAUUGAAAAACAAUUUGGAUGUAACAGCGUAGAAGUUGUGUCAGAAUUGCAGAAACUGUUCGACGUUGUCAGUCUUGUUAUGGCCGAUCUGACAAUAAAAGGGUAAAAACAGCUUCACGAGAAUAUAGGUCAAAGUUGCAGAAAUUGAAGGCAACACAAUUGAAAAUCCAGAAAUUUAUAAAAGCAAAUGUGGCUGCUUCUUAUCUAAACAGUAUUCCAGGAAUGACAGAAGCUCUAAACAGUGUUGAAUUAUCAUGAGCAAAGAGUAUAAUUUUUUAUAAUAACAGGAAUAAUAUUAGAUUUCAUUCCUUAAAAUAAUAUAAUUCAGUCAGAAAUACAAAAAUACUGUAAAAAAAUUAUACACAUUUUAUUAACUGUUGGAAUUUAUGAACUGAAAUACCUUUUUGUACCUAUAAACUGUUGAAAUAUUUGUGAUAUACCAACAAUGUUGAAUUGAAUACAUUGCCUAUAUAAUACCUAUUAACUGUAAGGUAAUAAAAUAUAUAAAUAAUUAAAGACAGAAUUUUAUAUUUUGUAAGCAACAGCAGAAUAAGAGUAAAAAAAUAUAGUAGGUAAGGUACACUGUACUAUUCUCUUUAAUACAAUAAUUGUUUUGUUCAUAUUUUCAUUAUGAAAAUAUAAACUUUUAUUAGUUUAAUAUUACAUGUAAUAGUUUGUAAACAAGAUUUAAAUUGGGCUAUUCUUUUUUAUAAGUACUAUGAUAUUUGAAUGUAAUGUAAGGUAUGUAACAUACCGUACAAGGAAAAUAACUGUAAAAUAAAUAAUAAAAAAGAACUGUUUCUUUUAACACCACUGCUGGUCUAUACCGAGUGUGACUAUCUAUUAUUAUAGCCAUGUUUCUAUGCCGUAAGGUGCUAAAUAAACCACUGUACAAUAACUGCUUAGUUAUAACACAUGUGAUUAACACCUUCACCUUCACUGCUGGUCUAUACCGAGUGUGACUAUCUAUUAUUAUAGCCAUGUUUCUAUGCCGUAAGGUGCUAAAUAAACCACUGUACAAUAACUGCUUAGUUAUAACACAUGUGAUUAACACCUUCACCUUCACUGCUGGUCUAUACCGAGUGUGACUAUCUAUUAUUAUAGCCAUGUUUCUAUGCCGUAAGGUGCUAAAUAAACCACUGUACAAUAACUGCUUAGUUAUAACACAUGUGAUUAACACCUUCACCUUCACGGCUGGUCUAUACCGAGACCAUUACUAUUAAUACUGGUGCCAUCCUUUUGAGCCUUGGUAUAUGAUCUGAGGGAGUGACUUUUUUAUUCUGAAAAACAUGAGUUAAUUUUCCUUCUAUAUUUAGAAUGUUACAGGAAAAUUAUUACUUUCAUAUAUUUUGGAAUUAAAAAUACGUUAUUACUCCCCUUUGGCGAAUGAUAUCUAAAAUUUGGCAUUUUUAAAUUGUAAUAAAUGUAUUCAUAUAGAA